UUGGGGUCGUACCGCUCGACGUGGUUGAGGCACUGCACGCCGUCCUGCCCGCCCACGGCGUACAGCGCGCCGUCCAGCACGGGCACGUACCUUGGUCCAGCGGUUGUCCUUGGGGUCGUACCGCUCGACGUGGUUGAGGCACUGCACGCCGUCCUGCCCGCCCACGGCGUACAGCGCGCCGUCCAGCACGGGCACGUACCUUGGUCCAGCGGUUGUCCUUGGGGUCGUACCGCUCGACGUGGUUGUGGCACUGCACGCCGUCCUGCCCGCCCACGGCGUACAGCGCGCCGUCCAGCACGGGCACGUACCUUGGUCCAGCGGUUGUCCUUGGGGUCGUACCGCUCGACGUGGUUGAGGCACUGCACGCCGUCCUGCCCGCCCACGGCGUACAGCGCGCCGUCCAGCACGGGCACGUACCUUGGUCCAGCGGUUCUCCUUGGGGUCGUACCGCUCGACGUGGUUGAGGCACUGCACGCCGUCCUGCCCGCCCACGGCGUACAGCGCGCCGUCCAGCACGGGCACGUACCUUGGUCCAGCGGUUGUCCUUGGGGUCGUACCGCUCGACGCGGUUGA